GACUAGUAAUUGAUUUAUUCAAUAAAUUUAAAAAAGCAAAUGCAAAUAUUAACAAAAUACACCAGCCUCAUUAGUGCAGGAGUUGUUCUAAAUGUACUGCUCGUGCAGCUGGCGUGACUGCUUUUGGUUACGGAACCUCCAAAAAGACCCCUAAAAACACGAAAGCGCUAAAAACGCUCUCAUGAAACUAAAAGAAGAUCAUGAGUCUUCGGAAAUUCUAAUUUUAGAACAAGCAUCCUCACCUUAUGUUGAUAAUGUUUUUAGAAAUGUCGUCAGCGAAUUGAACGAAUACGCAGUCAAAUAUGUCGCAAAGUAUCCAAAUUAUGAUUUUCUCACGGUUUCGGUAAACGGCCACUUUUUCUUUAAAUGUUCUUUUAUGGAUAAAAAAAGCAUAGGGAAAGGGAUGAAUAAGAAAGACGCCAAGCAGGAUGCUGCAAGACAAAUGUUGGAAUUGGUUAAGAAAAAUGAUCCAGUUUUACGAAAAAACAACAAUUACAAUAAACAAUUAUAGAAAAGUAUAAUCGACUCACAUUAAAUGGAACAAAGGUUACUUUGUCAAAAACGAGUCAGAUUCUUGAACCAAGUUCUGGCAUCACUUUGGUAAGAAUAGGAUUUUGUAACAUUUUAUCAUCUGUCAGGUAUUUAGGCCGACGAAGAAACUAUUGAGAGUCUUCAAAAUAAACUGAGAUUACACAACAUUU